CUCUAUUGCAUACUGCAUAUGUCCGACCAACAGGAAGAAAGCAAGAGAAACACUUCACACGAGCAUGCCUUGAAGCCACCAUCUGCUUUUGGCAGUGAGGCAAACACAAUAAUCAAGACAAGAUGGUACAGCAACUCAAGCCUCCAUUUGUUCAGAAUCCAAGACCAAAGAAGAUCUUGAUCAUUGGUGGUGGUAUUGCAGGUCUUGCCGCUCUUAGAGCUUUGGUUGAAGAAGGUGGUGUAGAUCUUACCCAGGCAAACGAUGCACCAUUUGAGCGUGUGGAGCUAAUCGAGAGAAGGGAUAAUAUUGGCGGAGUAUGGUAUCUGGAUGAUAAAUGUGUCGAAUUCGAAAAAUCACAUGAAAAGGGAACAGCAAAUGACAUUUGGCCGAUUGUUGCUCCUUCAUCUUCAUCCUCAAAACCUUACUGGCCAAGUCCUGCUUAUCCUGCUUUACGUGGAAAUGUAUUACCCAAGUUCCUGUCUCUUUCUGGAACGCAACCUUUCCCACCACCACAGAGCUCUGAAGAGGCUCUAAGAGAAGCAGGAAAGCAAAUACAAGAAGGAAAAGUUGCCGCAGAUCCAUUCCCAACGUUGGCAGAGACUUAUGCAUAUCUACAACGAAUUGCGAAGCCUCUGAAACCUCACAUUCGCUGUAAUACAGAAUGCAUAGGCGUUUGGGAGUUACCUCAUCCAGAAGAUGCAUCGAAGAACGUUUGGGCAGUCCGAACUCGUGAUUGGCAAAGAGGGGGUCAGGAAAGAACGGAAUAUUGGGAUGCAGUCAUCAUCACUGUUGGUUGGACUGAUAAGCCGCUCUAUCCUAGAAUUGACGGUAUGGCUGAAGCACGUAAGGCAGGUUUCAUCGAACAUUGCAAAUGGUAUCGUGGACCUGAGCCAUACGGAGAGGAAGAACGAAUCGUAGUGGUGGGUAAUGGAAAUUCAGGCAACGAUGUUUGUGCUCAAUUGGCCGCUCGUCGUACGCUCGGAAAGCAUGAGCCUGUCAUUCGAGUUUGCAGACAUAAGGCAUGGUUCUUUUAUGUUUCUUUACCUGACCCGUUGAUUCGGGAUGCUCCUGCAAUGCAAAAACUCGUCGUUCGCGAGCAGGAUGGAAAGAGUAAAUUGGACAUUCAUUUAAUAGAUGGAGAAGUGAUCAAAGAUGUCGAUCGAGUCAUUUUGGCAGUUGGAUAUGAAAUCGGCAAAUUUCCCUUUGUAAACGUAUUGGAUAGAGAACUCACACAGCGAGAAGCUCAAAUGCUGCCUAAUCUCCGAGGAGGUGAUCCAGAUGAUCAAUGGUUGCCGACCAACGACUCUGACGCGCCUUGGAGAUCCAUAUCUGACGCACCAAGAGGAACCUCAUUCGAUGAAGAUGGCAAUAAUCCUCCUCGUGUUAGUGGAUUGUUUUGGCAAAUCAUGCAUGAACGUGCAUCAACCCUGGCCCUCGUAAACUUAACAGUGACGUCUAUUCCGUUCUGGACCAGUGAUUUCCAAAGCCAUCUGAUUCGCGCUAUCUGGGAUGGAUCAUACAAAUUGCCUCCCACAAUUGAAGGUCGAAGAGAUUAUGAGAAUAAGAGGAUAGCACUCAUUCGUAAACUGCAUCAAGAAAAAGCGGAGAACGAGAGGAAAGCCUUGGAAAUAUGGGAGAAGCGAAAAGCAGAAUUAGCACAACAAAAAGAGGGCGAGAAAUACGAGGCACCAGAUCAUAUUUAUUUGCUACCAUAUCAUGUUCUAGGAACGAUGGUGGGCGAUUACCUUCCCUUCCUUCGUCAAAUGGCAAUCGAAGCAAAACCACAAUGGGCCAAAAAGCUUCCAAUGUUUGAGGAAAGUCAUGAUUUACACUUUGGCAUGUAUGACCAAAAACGUGAAUCUCUUUUAGCAAAACGUGCAAUCAUUCAAGCUCAAGAGGCAUCAGAACAAGAAUUACAACAAAAUGUUCAAUCAAAUGGCACGAACAGCUUCUCACAAAGUCAACGCAAAUUGGACGUUACUGUCUAGUCAAAUAUUCCCACAUUGCUUUCAACAGCUUCGAAGUGCCGCCACUUGGUUAGCCUAGUGACUGGUCUUCAUAUAUCAUGUAUUGUACACUUGUUUAAAAAUAGAGAUAGAAAUUGCUUUUUAUACAACUUUGCAAUCUCCUCAAGGGAAGCUGUCGUGGA